AAAAACUUCGUGAAUUAAAGGCCUCCCUCCCGUUAACGGCUCCUCUCCCCUGGAGCUGCACCGGGAGAGAGAUCCUUAAACUCCGCCUCCCGGCUACACACUUUUACACCGUCACAUUCUACAUCUCCACCCGAGACAAUCAAAGAGGACGGCGGCCAUGAUCACAGCCGCAGAGUACGGGGAGACGUCGUGGGAGCUGUCGGUGCAGGUGGAUCAGAAGGAUGGAGACGAGUCCAUGAAGUUCAAGCUGAGGGUGAAGGGGGACCUGCACAUCGGAGGCCUCAUGCUGAAGCUGGUGGAGAAGAUCAAGGCUCCUCAGGACUGGUCCGACCACGCCCUGUGGUGGGAGCAGAGGAAGUGCUGGCUCCUCAAGACCCACUGGACCAUGGACAAGUAUGGAAUUCAGGCGGACGCCACGCUGCGCUACACGCCGCAGCACAAGCCGCUGCUGCUGCAGCUGCCCAACAUGAAGACCAUCAAGAUGACCAUCAGCUUCUCCAGCGUGGUCUUCAAGGCCGUGGCGGAGAUCUGCCUGAUGCUCAACAUCAGAAGAUCAGAGGAACUGUCCCUGCUGAAGCCGCCCGACGACCCCUCCAAGAAGAAGAAGAAGAAAGAGAAGAACUCGGCACAGGAGGACAUCUGGGACAUUGAUCUGUUUCGCGGGGGGCCGGGGGGCACAGGCCCCAUGUACAGCAAGACCAUGACGGCCACCUACGACCCGGAGAACGGGAUGCCAAUGUCGGCCACCAGCCUGUGGUUCGGAGACAACCCUCUGGCCGAGUCGCAGCCCAACCUGCCGCCCGGCGAGCUGGCCAAGAUGUACCAGCCGCUGUCGCCGGUGGACAAAGCCAUCAACAGCGCAGGGUGGUUGGACUCGUCCCGUUCCCUCAUGGAACAAGACAUUCUGAAUGAAGAGAAGCUGCUGCUGCGCUUCAAGUACAAUGUCUUCUUUGACCUCAAUCCCAAAUACGACGCCGUCAGAAUAACCCAGCUGUAUGAACAAGCUCGCUGGUCCAUCCUGCUGGAGGAGAUCGACUGCACGGAGGAGGAGAUGCUGAUGUUCGCCUCAUUACAGUAUCACAUCUGUAAGCUGACCAUGUCGAGUGAACCGCUGGACCACUCCAACGAGCCGGAAAUAGAUGAAGUCGAGGCCGCCCUGUCCAACUUGGAGGUGACGCUUGAGGGCGGACUGACCGACAGAAUUCUGGAAGACAUUACAGACAUUCCAGAGCUGGCAGAUUCCCUCCGGCUGUUUAGGCCCAAACGACUCACGCUGCGGCCGUACAAAGAGUACUGGUUCGUGUUCAAGGACACCACCAUCUCCUACUACAAGAGCAAGGAGACCUCCAGCGGAGAACCCGUGGAGCAGUUCCACCUGCGAGGCUGCGAGGUCAUUCCCGACGUCAACGUCACGGAGAAGAAGUUCGGCAUCAAGCUGCUGCUGCCGGUCGCCGACGGGAUGAACGAGGUGUACAUCCGGUGUGACAACCAGACGCAGUACGCCAAGUGGAAGGCGGCGUGCAUCCUGGCCUCCAAGGGCAAGACGAUGGCCUACAGCUCCUACAAGUCCGAAGUGAGGAACAUCCAGUCCUUCCUGCAGAUGAAGAGUCUGGCGCCCCCUGCUGGCCAGGCGGCUCCCGACCUCGACGCCAUGGAGAUGAACGCCGAGUGUUUCUUCUCGCCGCGCUACACCAAGAAGCACAAGACCAAGCAGCUGACGACGCGCAUCCUGGAGGCCCAUCAGAACAUCGCGCGGCUGUCCCUGAUGGAGGCCAAGAUGCGCUUCAUCCAGGCCUGGCAGUCGCUUCCGGAGUUCGGCAUCAACUACUACAUCGUCAGAUUCAAAGGCGGCAAGAAGGAUGAGAUCCUGGGGAUCUCUUACAACCGUCUGAUCCGUAUGGACAUGUCCUCCGGGGUGCCCGUCACCACGUGGAGGUUCGCCAACAUGAAGCAGUGGAACGUGAACUGGGAGAUAAGACAGGUGACCAUCGAGUUCGACCAGAACGUGUCGAUGGCCUUCUGCUGCUUGAGCUGCGACUGCAAGGUGGUCCACGAGUUCAUCGGCGGUUACAUCUUCCUGUCCACGAGAUCCAAAGACCAGAACGAGACGCUAGACGAAGAACUGUUCCACAAACUAACCGGAGGCCAAGAAUGAGGAAAGACGACGAUGUCAUUGAGUCAUUAUAAAUCCUGCUGUGAACAGUUAUAGCCGACUUACCCUGCACUAAAAAAAAUAAUGGCGAUGAUGUAAAUAUGUCAAGAUUCUCUCAAAAAACUUGGAUGCAUUGAUAUUUGUAGGAAUUACCCGUUUUUUUUAAAGAGAUGCCCUUAUUUUGUAAAAAAUCAUUAACGUUUUUUUUAUUUUGUAUUUCACAACUUGUUUAACUUUUUUUCCUUCUUCUUUUUAGAGGUUAAGAUAUGCCCUUGUUUAAGACAGGAAAUAAUUUUGUAAAAAAAUCAUUAAAGGGCGUGUGUUUUUUUUGUAUUUCACAACU